AUGCACUGGGUCCGGUGUGCUCGACUGUGCUUGCCUGGACUGCGUGCAUUUCGCCCCCUUCGUACUUUGUGCACAUCGAUUCCGAGAAUGAAUUGGACGCCUCCUGCGCCGACGGCGGUGCCCGCUCCUCCGAUACCACCGAUCCGCGAUAUCCAUUCGUGUGCGAAUGUCAACGACAUUAAGCCGCUGCAUCUGCAUCUUGACUGGUCGAUCGACUGGGAUGCCAAGUGUAUUCGCGGUGCAGUCACGCAUGAGCUGGAGGUACAAAAGGACGGUACCGCGCAUGCUACGUUUGAUACAUCGUACCUUGAUAUCCGCGAGGUGCAAGUGGAUGGAGCUCGGGCCGCGUACCAGCUUGAGGCGCGGCGCGGCCCGUUGGGCGAGCCUCUGCGCAUUCAUUUGGGUGAACGCAUGGCGGGAGACAGGGUCAAGGUGGCCAUUGAUUAUGCCACGACGCCCAAGUGCACGGCGCUCGGGUGGCUCUCAGCCAGCCAAACGCGUGCCAAGAAGACGCCGUUCCUCUACUCGCAGUGCCAGGCGAUUCACGGCCGCUCGCUUGUGCCGUGCAUGGACACACCCUCGCGAAAAGUGACGUACACGGCGCGUGUCAACUCAUCGAUUCCCGUGCUCAUGUCAGCGCUGCGGCGCUCGUCGGCCUCGGACGUGUAUGAAUUUGACCAGCCGGUAGCGAUCCCCACCUACCUUAUUGCGAUUGUGGGAGGCCUCCUCGAGUUCCGCGCGCUGGGUCCACGUACGGGCGUAUGGGCCGAGCCGCCGGACGCGGAUGCCGUUCAGUGGGAGUUUGAGCGGGAUGCUGAGCCCUUCCUCACAGCUGCUGAGCAGGUUGUGUCGCCGUAUGUAUGGACGCGGUACGACAGUGUUGUGCUGCCGCCGUCGUUCCCGUACGGCGGUAUGGAGAAUGCGAAUCUGACAACGCUGACGCCGUCGCUCGUGUGUGGUGAUCGCAGCGCGACGGAUGUCCUCCUGCAUGAGCUGUGUCAUUCAUGGAGCGGCAAUCUGAUUUCGUGCAUGAACUGGGAAUCGUUCUGGCUGAACGAGGGCUGGACUGUGUACCUGGAGCGUCUGCUCCUCGAGAAGCUGUAUGGGCCAGCGCACCGUGGCUUUUCGUACAUUAUCGGCGCCAAGGCCCUGCGUGACUCGCUCGAGGGCUUUCAGGACACGCCGCGGUUCCAGCGCCUCGUGCCCGAGUUCCGCGAUGGUGAAGAUCCUGACGAUGCGUUCUCGUCGAUUCCGUACGACAAAGGCGCGAACUUCUUGUUGUACCUGGAGCGCGUCGUGGGCGGCCUCGAUGUGUUUGCACCGUAUAUCCAAGCCUAUUUCACGACAUUCCAGGGCCGCUCCAUCUCGACGGAGGAAUGGAAAGCCCAUCUGCUCGCGUACUUCGCGACGCAUCCCACAGCGAGUCAGGCGCUCCAGACUGUGGAUUGGGACGCGUGGCUGCACGGAGAAGGCCUGGAGCUGCCUGUGCGUAUGGAGUAUGACCAAACGCUCGCCGCCGAGGCCUUCGCCCUCGCUGCGCGCUGGAUCAAAGCGAUCGGCGACGGCGUCGACGGCGCGUUUGCUGCGUCGGACAUGCAAGGCUGGAAUGCCAACCAAGUCGUUGUGUUCCUGGAGCGGCUGCACGCUGGGCCGCGUGUCCCACAGUCUUAUGCCGCGCGUCUUGACGAGAUAUACUCACUGAGCACGGCACAGAACCCUGAGGUGCGUUUGCGCUUCUAUGAAGUUGCCCUCGAGGAGCAGGGUGGACGCUAUGCCGAAGAAGCCGCCGCGUGGGUCGCAUCGCAAGGCCGCAUGAAGUACUGCCGCACGAUCUUCAAGGCUCUGUACAGAGUGGAGCCGGCGCUCGCUCAGCGCACGUUUCUGGAGAACGAGUCGUUUUACCACCCCAUUGCCGCCGCUAUGAUCAGAAAGGACCUCGGCUUGUAG